AUGCAGUCCACUGCUUACAAGAACGACCUGACUCAGGUCAACGAUCUGGUGACAAAGUUACAGUUGCCAAUUCACUUCUUCGACUCCCAGGAGCCAGGAUUUGCCGGGCAGAGGAUUUUUGUUGUCACCCUCAAAGUGGGAACUCUCUGCUCUGUGGGGAAAGGCCACACCAAGAAAGAGGCCAAAGCCAGAGCAGCGUCCACCCUCCUGGGGCCUUUAAAACAAAUGUACCUGCCGCCUCUGCAGAGCGACCACCAGGCUAAGGCAAAGAAGAGAAACACUCAGCAGCAAGUGAAGGACGUCAAAGAGGACAUAAAACCCUGUGGCUACCUGUCUGAGGUGGUGCAGGCCCAUGGGAUGAAGUACCCAGAGUACACCCUGCUGGAGGCCACUCGCGUCCCCUGGGGUUGGCUCUUCACUAUGAGAGUCUCAGUGGACAAAGAAGAGGAAGAGAGGUCCCAGAUAGAUUUCAUUAUCGAGGCCUCUCCUGAACCUCAAAGCCCCCAGCACCACCCUUGGCUGGACAUGGCCCCAACAAAGCCUGAGGUGGACAAAGAUGAUACACUGGUAUCAUCUCCUGUUGAGGAUAGUCAGGACAUCUGCACAUCUCCUGAUGGAAUUAUUGAAGAAGAGUGGGAGGAUUAUCUCGACUCAGACACGGACAGUGUACUCGAGGACAUAAACAAUGAGACUGGAUCAGAUUUAUGUGAGAACCCAGAGACCAGACCAGAGGCAGAAAUCUGCGAAGAUACUGUUGUCUCAGAGAUUUCCAGUCAGCCAGAAGAGCUUCAAGAAGAACACGUUAUUGAGGCCGAUCUGGAACCUGAGAGCCCCCAGUACCACUCUUUGGUGGACACUACCUCAACAAAGCCUGAGGUGGACAAAGACGAGGGCGAGACUGGAGCAGAAGUUGCAUCUGCGAGUCCAGAAACCAGCCUCAUGGAGUCAAGGGAGACAGAUGAGACGAAGCCUGAGGUGGACAAAGAGGAGAAAGCGUUGUCCCAUCUGACAUCAGAGAUGAAUUCUCAUGAAACAGAGAGUGUUCAAAAAGAACGCAAUGAGAUUCAGGAAGAACUCAUUAUUGAGGCCUCUCCUGAACCUGCGUGUCCACAGAAGCACCAUUGGCGGGACAUUUCCUCACCAAAGCCUGAGGAGGACAAAGAGGAGGAAGAGGUUCCACAUCUGAACCUAGAAAUCAGCUCAGACAUGAACAUUCAUGAAACAGAGAGUGUUCAAACAAAGGUAGAUGAGACUCAGGAAGAACUCAUUAUUGAGGUUUCCCCUGAACCCGAGUUCCCGCAGGACCAAUCUUUGCUGGACAUUUCUUCACUAAAGCCUGAGGUGGACAAAGACAAGAGAGAGACUGGAGCAGAAGUUGCAUCUGCGAGCCCAGAAACCAGCCUCAUGGAGUCCAGGGAGACAGAUGAGACGAAGCUUGAGGUGGACAGAGAAGAGGAAGAGAGGUCCCAGAUAGAUUUCAUUAUCGAGGCCUCUCCUGAACCUCAGAGCCCCCAGCACCACCCUUGGCUGGACAUGGCCCCAACAAAGCCUGAGGUGGACAAAGACGAGAGAGAGACCAGAGCAGAAGUUGUAUCUGUGAGCCCAGAAACCAGCCUCAUGGAGUCCAGGGAGACAGAUGAGAUGAAGCCUGAGGUGGACAAAGAGGAGGUCUGUCCUCUGAGUGAAGAUGUGACUGAUAUUUCUGCACCAGCAUCUGUAGACAUCACAGAGGCUGGAGAUGUCCUUACAGAUCAGAGAAGGUCCUUAGAGAUGAUUGAAGCUGAUGUGGUCAGUGAAGAGGAUUUCCCCUGUCCUCCUCCAAUACUGGAGGGUCCAUCUGUGGCCAGCGUCCUUGUGCGAGCUCUGACGAACACCUGA